ACACCAUUAAACGUUCACAGGGAGGAGGUGAAUCCAGCGUCUGGGGGACUUGUUCGUCUGUCAACUGGCACCCUGAUUGACUAACAUCACCAACGCCCAUAAAGUGGCAAUAUACAGGAAAUGAGCCAAGCUGUUAGAAGAAGAGUCAUCUCUUUCCGCUAAACCCGAGCGGCUCAAUUGUUCCAGUGCGGUGGUCGUGAUUUAGAUUGAAGUCUUUUUGUAUUACGAUAUCAGUUAUCUGAUGUGCAGCAUCAACUGUUUAAGUUAGCCGCUUUUUAUUACUGUGUAGCUAGCUCCCCCUGGUUUGGACUGAUACAACGUAGACUUCGACUGUUUUACUCCUGUCCACCCGAAAAAUGGCAACCCAAAUCGAUAAAGAGGCUUGCAGAGAGGCUUACAACCAAGUCAGAGACGACAACACGGACAUCAAUUGGGCUGUGUUUAAAUAUGAGGGCUCCAUGAUCGUGCCUGCAGGACAAGGGACUGACUAUGAGGACUUCAAGAAGAUGUGCACAGAUGACGCUCGUCUGUUCGGCUUCCUCCGGAUCACAACGGGAGAUGCCAUGAGCAAACGAGCCAAGUUCACCCUUAUCACCUGGAUCGGUGAGAGCAUCAGCGGGCUGCAGCGCGCCAAGAUCAGCACCGACAAGACUCUGGUCAAAGAGAUUGUGCAGAACUUUGCUAAGGAGUUCAUGAUCAGUGACCCGAGGGAACUGGAUGAAGACUACAUCCGCACGGAGCUGAAGAAGGCAGGCGGAGCCAACUAUGACGCCCAGGCCGAGUAGAGAAGUGCCACAGUCCACUGGAAGGGUCGGGGGGUGGGGGCGGGGUGGGGUGGAAUAAGUGGGAGCGGAAUAAGUGGGGGCUACCUCUUGGGGAGAGGACGAGACAGGAUGGAGAGGGCACCUGACAAAAGAGAAAUACACGCACUAACUGCACACAUUCAAAGUGAGGUCGAGCAAAGAGACUGAUGAUGAACAAUUGGUUUAUUUGCAAGAACACAGAUACACAGAAACGAAGCAGAGGUGCACCAGGAGCAGUUUGUAGAACCAGUAUAAGUGCUUCAAAUACUAACCAAACACUGAUUACGCUUCCUAAUAAUGACUUUAUGAAUCUGUAGAUUCUCUUUGUUGUCUAGUUUAACAACAUAUUCAUGCACUCUGAACAACAGCUUUAUCAGAAAAUGUUAACAGAUAAAAACAGAUCAGAGUUACCUGGGAUGUGUAGUGACAGAUCCUGACAGUAGAGAUGCUGUUGGUGCACCACUCAAAUACUAACAUCUGCAUUUGGGCACAAAUAUACACGAUUUUAAAGUGUAUGCACGAGCUGCACAUUAAGACAUUUUCAUGUCUUAACAUUAAAUUUGUUGCCAGAGCCACAGCUGGUUAAUUGAGCUUAGCACAAAGACUGGGAUAAACAGCCUGGCUUUGUCCAAACAUACUGUAAUAAAAUCCACCUACCAGCACCUAUAAGCAUCACUAAUGAGCAUUUUAUAUCUUGUUUAUUUAAUCCGUACAAAAACCAAAGUGUAUAACUGACACAGUUUGCCAAGCAACUCGCAGAGACUUUAGGAAGUCACUACUCAUGGCUUAGAAAUAGUCCACAUAUAACCUGGUGGACUGUCAGUUUUACACAGUUUUUUUUGUACUGGUUAAACAAAUGAGAUAAAAUGUAUUGUAUCCUUGAAAAUUGUUGGUAGUUACAUUUUUUUACUUUUGUCAGAGUCAGGCUAUCUGUGUGUCUGUAUUUUCCAUCUUUAUGCUAAGCUAAGCUAAGCUAACAGGCUGCUGGCUGUAACUUCAUAAGGAAUAAACAAAUAUAAAACCUAAUUGCAAACUAUUCCUUUAAGGGUCGGAUCUAGAUCAGAAUUGGACCCUGACAGUGGACACAACAUGGCUGUUACUACAGUGGGUAUCUGCAUGCACUGACAUGUCCACACUGAAAACAUGUACGUGUAACAGUCAUUUCUGAGGUUGUGCACAGCCAAUGCUCUGAAAGAACACAAAAUAUGUAAAACAGCCAUCAUGCACAUAUAAAUGCAUAGUUAAAAGCAAGAAUAUAAGCACAUAUAAAGGUCACAAACUACUGCCUUCUCUCCUUUCCUACCCUCUGCCCUCUCCCCAGUCAGCUCAUGGUUGGUUAUCUACUGUGCAUUGUCAUCUCAACUCAUCCUCAUCUCAAAUGGGCUGCAGUUGACCAAUAUGGAGUCAAGGCUUCAGCACUGUUUGCUUGGAAUUUUUAUAGAAUGAGGAUGUGAAAACCUGAGGGGUUUCACUUCAAAAUAAUGUGUAGUGAUCAUGGAUCAUGUUGUAGACUGUUAAUAACCUAUGACUAUGACUUCAUUGGUGAAGAUAGAUGUUUAAUUUUGAAAUGAAACCCUCCACUUGUAGGCAUGUGUUUGACACCAGAACAUGCUCGUAGUCAUGAUACACUGUACCACCAGGAGGAAAAGAUCUCCAUUUUCUAACAAGAUCCUUAGCAAUGGUCGGCAGCUUUCUUUGAGUAAGUUUGAGUCAUACAGUGUUCACAUUUAGCCACCUCAGCCAGGCAGAUGUGUUUGUGUUACAGCCCCAGAGUCGACCAUUGCAUGCAUCACAUCAGUCCUGACCCUGACUGGAGUUCAUCCUCCUGUCUUCAGAUUUGUACUUUGUGUUAUGAAUCCCUUUUAUCACUUGCUCACAUGUGUCUUUUGGUGAGUGUGAACAUGUUUGGAUCUUAUUUCUAUGUAAUGUUCACUUUACUUUUCCACUUACAGUUGGACGUAAUCGAUGUUAGCAGUUUCCAGAGCUAGGACAGAAUUUAUAAAGGAGUACUAGGGUAAAGACUCAGACUCCUGGGCUUACGGGAUGAAUGGGCUGUAACUUUGUUUACAAUCAUGAAAAGCAGGCAAGCCAACUAAGAUCAUUUAAAAUUGUGUAGUAAUGGAAACUUUUUGUCAUAUGAAAAUCAGUGAUAAGAUCUAUUCUAUCUAUUUUGAGAAAUUUAAUGGAAAAUGGCUCUAUUUCUGUUUUUAAAAUGUUAAAACUUGUCUCAGGAUUUUUUGGGAUGAAGGUACACCGAUUCAGACAAACAGUUAAUAUAUUGAUCCCUCAGCAGCUCCUGUUGUCAAUUGUUGAAUGUUCCCCAAAAUCUCAGGAUUUUGAGAAUGGAGAUCUUUUCCUGUGGUGUCUCAUCUCACGAUCUACCACUUAAAGGUAUCCAUGCAUACUGUAACCUACUGUGUUUAACUGCCUGAGUCUCCCAUGGAGAGAGGGGCAUCAUGGGAGUCUGUGGACACUACACUGUGAUUGGCUUUCCUCCUUACAUGCAGCCAGGACUUUGAUCAUCACGGCAGCAGAGCCAUUUCUCGGUUGUAGCAUCUCUUUUUAUUUGGUUUAAACCCUCCCUCCCCCCUGCAAAAAAUAGGAUUUUUUCUUGUACUUUUUUGUUUUUGAGAUGAAUUUUAUUUUCUCUUAAGACUUUUACCAUUUGAUUUUAUUUUUAAGAGCAUUGUUAUUCUGGACAUUGGUGGAACAGAUUUUCAAAAAAUAAUGCAAAAAAGAAAAAGAAAGAAAACUGAAUGGGCACAAUAUCAGUCAUUUCAAAAUAAAAUUGAUGUUUUUUUUUCCAAAA